CACUUUACGGAUUUGUUUAGAUAAAUUAUUAUCAAUUAAGAAUGUAAUACAAAAUCAUGCCUCUUGCUGAUUAUUUACCAACGCUAACAGAUAAUCCUUACUUUUCUGCUGGAUUUGGUCUUGUGGGUGUUGGCACUGGUCUAGCGAUUCUGCGUAAAGGCAGUCAGUUUGGAUUUGUGUUGUUUAGGCGUCAUUGUAUGAUUACUCUUGAAGUACCAAGUAAAGACAAAAGUUAUGAUUGGAUGUUGCAAUGGAUGACUCAAAAAAGAGCAAAACAGACUCAACAUUUAAGUGUAAUGACAACAUUUCAUCAACAUGAUACUGGUAAAGUAAGUACAAAAUUUGACUUUGCCCCAAGUCCUGGUGUUCAUUUUUUUAAAUUUAAAACAAAUUGGAUACGUGCUGAGAGGCAACGUGAGCAAGGAAUGCGAGAUCUUGCAACUGGACAACCUUGGGAAACAGUUACUUUAACAUCAAUUGGUAAAAAUAAAGAAAUUUUCAAUGAUAUGUUGCAUGAAGCUAAAUCCUUGGCCUUAUCUAAACAGCAAGGAAAAACUUUGAUGUAUGUACCUAUGGGUCCAGACUGGAGACAGUUUGGGUUUCCACGUCAGCGCAGGCCUUUGAGCUCUGUCAUACUAGAUAAUGGAAUUGCAGAACGGACACUUAAAGAUGUUAGAGAGUUCAUCACUAAUCAGAAAUGGUAUACAGAUAGAGGCAUACCAUAUAGAAGAGGUUAUUUAUUGUAUGGUCCUCCGGGAUGUGGUAAAAGUAGUUUCAUUACUGCACUAGCUGGUGAAUUAGAAUAUAGUAUCUGUGUGAUGAAUCUUGGUGACCGAACUUUAAGUGACGAUAGAUUAAAUCACCUGAUGAGUGUUGCACCUCAACAAAGUAUUAUUCUGCUGGAGGAUAUAGAUGCAGCAUUUAGCAGAAGAGAUACUGAGAAUGAAAAGACAGGCAGUAAAGGUGGAGGAUAUUAUCCAAAUCAUGUAACUUUUAGUGGUCUUUUAAACUGUCUUGAUGGUGUUGUUUCUACAGAAGAGAGACUAGUAUUUAUGACAACAAAUUACUUAGAAAGAUUGGAUCCUGCGUUAAUUAGACCUGGCCGAGUUGAUAUUAAACUGUUAAUAGAUCAAGCUUCUCAAUCACAACUUUAUAGGAUGUACUUACGUUUCUAUCCACACAGGACACAUGCUGAUGCAGUAACGUUUAGUGACAAUGUAAUCAAGACAAAUCAAACAUACAGUAUUGCAGUAAUUCAAGGUUAUUUUAUGUUGCAUAAACAAGAUGCUGAAGCUGCCAUGAUGAAUGUUCAUAUGUUAAAAGAUUUGUAAAAUUUUGUUAGAGAAAUUAUUUUCAGAUUUUGUUAUCAAUACUGACUUGCAGAUGAAUACAACUAUACAUAAAUGAA